AUGAUUUACAUUGGUCUGGCUCAUUUUUAUAUCCCAAAAAUCCUAUGCAUUUUCUCAAUCCUCAUCAACACAUUUUUCAUAACCCUUGCCUAUAGAAAAUCAUCGCUUUCGAUUGGAAAAUACAAAUAUCUUUUGAUAACAUUCUCACUUGUCAAUUUAUUCACAACUAUUCUUGAAACAAUAGCUCAGCUAUCAACUGAAAGUUUUCAAUUCAGUUGUAUUGUUUUUGUUUCGGAUAGUUUGAUCUACAAAUAUCGCGAUUUGGUACAAUUCUUAUUGGCUUUGAGAUGUUCGAUGGUAGCUUAUACUUAUGGUGUUAUUUCAGUUCAUUUUCUCUAUCGAUAUUUUGCAAUUUGUCAAACUCAUUUAACAAUUUCAUUUUUCAAACCACAAAAUAUAUUGGUAAUAGUUUGUUCAGUUGUUCUUUAUGGUUCUACUCCGGUAUUCAUAAUUGCAAUAUGGAUGUGGCCAGAUCAAGAAACAAGGCUCAAAUUGAAUCAUAAUUUUCUGGAAAAGUACAUCGAGACAACUGAAAAUAUACCAUUUCUAAUUGCAGAUUAUCAAGUGAGUUAAGUUGUAUUUUUCUUUGUCGGAAGAAAAUGUUUUCAGCAAACAGAACUAACAAAAAAUGGAUUGAUCGGAAUGGGCCUGGCAACUAUUGUUUCAAUAAGUUCAAUUGUUUUCGAUGGAGUUUUAGCAACAAAGAUUCAUUUUGCAAUCAAAACUUGGAACAUGAGUGAUAAUUUGAAGAAAUUACAUCGAACUAUGUUAAUAACAUUAAUUGCUCAAACAAGUAUUCCAUCAAUUCUCACAUUUUUUCCAUGUGCUAUUUCCUGGUUCUACCCAUUUUUCAACUUAGAUUUGAGCUAUGUCAGUAAUUCAAUCCUAAUGCCAAUGAUAAGUGCUUACCCAGUUAUUGAUCCGAUUGUUAUCACUUUUGCAUUAACUGAUUAUCGAGAAGCUGUUUUCAAGAUUUUUGGAAGGAAAACCAAGCGCAUCUCUGAUAAUCUAGCAACUGUUCUUGAAACUACACAACUUUGA